AUGCCUGCUCCUGCCGCCACCUCGAAGCGCAAAAAGGUCACUCUGACCCCCGGCCAUUCUCCGCUCGACUGGGCACGCCUCAAGUCCAGCAUUCAACCCCCCUUCCCCUUUCGCAAGAUCCCCCUCUCCGAAGUCAAGCAGCACAAGGAUCGCAAUUCUCCCGGUGGGGUCUGGACCGUGCUCAAUGGCAAGGUCUAUGAUAUGGCGCCCUACUUGGCUUUCCACCCUGGUGGGGAGGAUGAGCUCAUGCGUGUCGCAGGGAGAGAUGGGACGAGGCUGUUUAUGCUCACGCAUAGUUGGGUCAACGUUGACGCCAUUGUUGAUGCGUGUUGUAUCGGGAUCGCCGUCAAAGAUGAUUGA